UGGACAAAGACAGAGCUGAGUGGUCGAUGAUGCUUAAGGUUGAUAGUAGAGGAGCUGUGUAUAUUAUUGGUGGUAAUGACUGGAAAAGUUUCUGUGCCGCAAAUGAAGUAGGCGCAGGGGAGUCACUAGCUUUGGAGUUGAUCCAAGGAGGUGUAAGUCCUUUGCUCAAGUUCUGCUCCAAGAUGGAGCAACCCUCAUUCAAAGCAGAGGAUGGGAGACACAAGAGAGCUCGAGUCCAAAAUAGGAGCCAGGAAACAGAUAAGGGAGCAGAAACUUCUAGAGCAUCUACAAUGGGACCGAAGCUUGAGAUAACUGAAAAAGGAGAACCCUCUCGAGCAUCUACAAUGAGACCGAAAGUUGAGAUAAGGGAGAAAAUAGCUGAAACGGGAGAACCCUCUCGAGCAUCUAACAAAUCUAGUGGUAUUGAAGGAAACUUGCAGCACACGAAACCUUGCUCAGUCAAAACAGAUCAGUUGGCCAAGGUGAAAGAGAGCGUUGUAGAUACGUUAACUAGUAUCGGGCGGUUCCAAGCAGAGCUCGAGACAAUGAAACGUAAACUAGAAGAUUCAUUGCAGGAACUCAACUAG